CAGUCAUGUCACAGGCAAUAUCAUUGUCGUCCAGCAAAGACAAACUAAAACGUCAAUCAACGAAAACGGGUCAAGAUAUACCAGUCAUGUCACAAGCAAUAUCAUUGUCCUCCAGCACAGAUAAACUAAAACGUCAAUCAACGAAAACGGGUCAAGAUCUACCAGUCAUGUCACAAGCAAUAUCAUUGUCCUCCAGCACAGAUAAACUAAAACGUCAAUCAACGAAAACGGGUCAAGAUCUACCAGUCAUGUCACAAGCAAUAUCAUUGUCCUCCAGCACAGAUAAACUAAAACGUCAAUCAACGAAAACGGGUCAAGAUCUACCAGUCAUGUCACAAGCAAUAUCAUUGUCCUCCAGCACAGAUAAACUAAAACGUCAAUCAACGAAAACGGGUCAAGAUCUACCAGUCAUGUCACAAGCAAUAUCAUUGUCCUCCAGCAAAGACAAACUAAGCAGUCAAUCAAAAGAAAAUCCAAUGUCAGUUCCAACACCAGAAGGGUCAGAAUGUGAUAGUUUGUCUUCCACUGAAAGUUUUAAAACCGUCUGGAACAGGUCUGAACAUCAAUUUGAAACCGUACCAGUUAAUAUUAGCAGUAUGGAUGAGAAUAUGAGCAAACAACUAGAAGGUCAGUUAUGUAAGCAAAAAGCACAAGCACAAUGCAACGAUGACACGUAUGAGACAGUCAUACAAGACAGCACUCAUAGUUCAGAAAAAAAAUCAGAAUUACUAGUUUCGGACGGAGAAAGGUCAGGUGGUUUUGACAAUAGAAAUAUACAAGCGGAACAGGAUAUUCCAACCAGAAAAGAUUAUACCGAUGUCUCAAAAGACAAAUAUAUAGGUGAAGAUUUGCCAUGUACAGAUAUUCCAAUGGAUGACUCGGAUCGUGCAAAGUCAGAUAACGAUGGAGAGGUGUACAUAAAAACUGUAACUAAACCUGGAUUGAUCAGAAAGUUAAAACAGAUGUUUGGGGUUUCGAAAAAAGUUAAAGAAGUCAAAAUAUCAAUCACGAAAGAAAACUUUCUCAAGAAGACCUCUAAAGUUGGGAAAAAGCAGUUACACAACAAAAAGAUAGCACCUAUUAUUAUUUGGGAUUUUGGUGGCCAGGACGUGUUCUAUUCAACACAUCAGACGUUUCUGACAUACAGAGCUAUUUACAUACUUGUAUUGGAUGGAAGUAGAACACUUGAUGAUCCAUGUCCGUAUGAACAAUAUCUCCCCGGAAAAAGUGGACAUAAAACAGGUAGAGAUUAUCUGCUCUUCUGGAUCAACACAAUUGUAACAUACUGUAAGGGAAGCGUGCAGGGAUUUCCUAAAAUUUUGGUUGUUUUAACUCACAAAGAUCGGGUAGCAGCUAUAGAGGUUGAACAAAGAAGACAUGAAAUAUUUGCAGAAAUCAACAAGAUGUUUUACCAGACAUCGUUAAUGCAACAUUUAGUGCUUGAUGAUAAAAUAUUUGUAAAUGCGCACGACAAAUAUGACCCAGAAAUGACGAAGAUCAAGGAUGCUAUUAUCAGCGAAUCAGAGAGGCAACCAACAUGGGGUGAGCCACUUCCAAAGUGUUUUAUCCCUUUAGAGUUAGAAUUUGCAACGCUGAUCAGAAAAGGCAUUCCUCUGAUUACACUAGAGCAUCUAAAGAAAAUAAACGCAUUGCAACCCAUUAGACCGUUAUCAGAAACCGAGUUGAAGGUAUUUCUGAAAUUUCAACAUUCCAUUGGCAAGCUGUUGUACUUUGAUGAGCAUAAAUUGGACGACCGUAUAAUUUUGUCUCCCACUCUUCUCAUUGAUGCCUUUAAAUCUAUUGUUACUGAUAGAAGGUUCUGUCAAGGAGACAAAGAAAGAGAAGAGUUGUGGGAUGUUAUGGGUAAGAAAGGAGUAGUCUCAAAACCAAUAAUCGAACAAAUUUGGAAGAAAAAGAAAUAUAAGAAGUUCUACAAAGAUAAAGAUUAUUUACUGGACGUUAUGACUCACCUGGAUAUAUUGGUAGAACCAAAAAGAUACGAUAUAGAUCGCAACCGUAUACCUGCUGACUUCUACUAUGUUGCAAGUAUGGUACGAGCUAAAGAUGAUUCUGGAUACCUUCAAUCAGCUGGCUUUACAACCAGGAGUAUUUCCAUAGCCUUCCAAUCGUCAUCAUUGAUGAUACCUCCUGCAUUAUCUUUUAGAUUUAUUAGUUACUGUCUAUGUGUAUGGGCGGUGAAAACAUACGGAGAUACCAACAAGGACAUGCUGUUCCAUCGGGCUGGGGUGUUUACCAUUGAUCCGUCUUUAGAUUUGUACAUUGGCUGCGAAGAUGAAAGGAUUGUUGUCCGUCUUGUUCAUGCCACAUCAAACACACUGAUAAUGAGGGAUGUAGCUUCCAGCAUCUAUGAAUGCCUUACAUCAGCCUUGGAGAAAAUAAGUCAGCUGUAUAUUAGAACAAGCAGUGAUCAGACUCAAACCAUCGAUGCAUCCUUUAUGACCAGGAUAUGUUGUAACUCACCAAAAAACUCAUGCCUCCUUCCUGACAAAGACCAAGCUCACCCAGACCAACUAUGGAUAUGUCCUUCACAUGGCAUCGCACACAGCAUACACACAAUUACAUCGUGGAUUGAAGAAAAGGAAGACGAAAAGUGUAAACCAGGGUGCACAGUUACCAAAGAUGAAUUUCUGAAAGAGACACCAUCAGACAUACAUUUACGACAUCUGUCGUUGAUGUACAGUCCAGUCGAGGCUAAAGAACUGGCAAUGCAUUUGGGAUUGUCGAACAGGGAGGUUAAUGUCAUACUGGAAACUGAAGAUCCCUUGACAUCAAGCUUUGCAAUUUUGCUACAAUGUCGAGAAAGCAGGAUGGUGACAUUUAAAGACAUCACAGAGGCGAUAGAGAGUAUUGGAAAAGAAAGUAUCCAUAUACUUUGCAAGCUUGUGAAAGGCGAACAUAUUCAUUUUGACAUGCAACAUGAGAUGUGGGAUCUGGUACCUACAGCAGAACACAUUGACAGAUUGGCUCCAUUAGUAGGGAAACAUUCCCUACCGUUCCUUAUCGAACUUGGAUUGGACUUUCAUACCUGGGAACAGAUCUGCCACAGACAAAAUCAAAGAGAUUUGGUUCGACUGAACCAGGAUAUCUUAGAAGAAUGGAGAUUCAAGUUUUGUAGGAAGCAUAAUCUGAAACCAACAUUGAGAAAAAUCGCACGUGCAUUCAGUAGCAUUGGCAAAAAUAUAAAACUCGUUGAAAACACAUUGUCAGAUUUAUUUUAACUUUUUUAUAUUUUUAUUCAAGAAUGAUUUUCUCUUGUACGCAUCUAUUCAAAACUGAUCAAGGGACAGGACAAUACGUAUAGAACAUUCUUUGAAAUAUUAUGUAUUAAUACAAAUGCUUAUAUGAAUUCUGAAACGAGAAAUGUCUUUGUUGGAUUAAAGAAAAGCAGGAUGCAAUCAAUCAAAUUCUUUAUUUAAAUCUGUAGAUUUUGUAAAAUACAACAAAAACUAUUGUAAGAAACUUCAGUGAUGUUUUUGUAUUAUUUAGACUGUUUAUACAACUAUUAAAUAUUUUUUUUUUUUUUUCAAUCAAUUUUUCUUUGUCUUCUUGAAAGAAAAAAGUUCGGUGGCACCAUGUUUUUCAUUUAAUUUCUCAACAUAUAUCAUACAACCUUUAUUAUAUUUUAUUUCAAAAUUAUAUAAUACAGAUUUAAUUUUAUUCACAUAAAAGAUUUGUUUAUAAACAAUCAGAAUUGACCUCCGCUUUUUUAAUUCGGUUUGUCUUACAAUUUGUUCUGCUUAUCUUGUUAUUGUUUUCAUACACACUGAAGAAACAGGUAUGUAAUAACACCUCAAUCUAUAUAUAUAUUUACAUUGCUGAUUUAUUGCUUCAAUCAUUUAUGGUUUCCACAAUUCUAUUGAUUAUUAGAAAAACACCCACAACUAAUCAUUAAAAACACAUACGGAUGUCUUGUGAUUAUGUUUCAAAGCUUUGUUUUGAUGAAUUAGUACAGAGUUACUUCGCAUGUGUAAGGAUGAAAAGAACACGAACAGUUAAGCAUAAAUAUCUUGGAAAUUAUAAAAAAAGUGGUGGUUAUAAUUCUGUCUCAAAUCUAAAGUACAUGUGAGCUUAUUACAUGUAUAUUCUUAUAAACUAAAGUCUCGAUAACUUGAUCGUUUUCUUCUGCGUUAACACUGACAAUGCGCGUUUGACUUUGAACUUUUUGAUAAAAACACGUUUAGUAUCAGUAUUAAAUGCAUACCAAUCACUGUUUCAUCACGUGACCAGAGAAAUAAUAAUGACUAUACUUAACUUUUAUUUAGUCAUUCAGAUUGAAUGUGCAUAUAAGAUACACUAUCUUGUGUUAUUUUACACAUGAUAUCCAAGAUCUUAUAAUACACAUCAAUUAUGAAACAAAAUAUCCAUGAUGAUAAUUAAAUAUUAAUCAAAGGUACCAGGAGUGAAUUAGUAUUUAAAAAAAAAAGUGGCGUUAAGUUUCAAACCAUAUAUUGAUGUGUAUUAUAUGAUCUUGAAUACCAUGUGUAAAAUAACACAAGA